CAAGUUUCAACCUGCCACCGAAUCUCUGGUCAGACAAAGCCAGCGCUGCUGUGAACAUUCUGAACAACACAUACCUGAACGGCUGGCAUUCACAAGGCUCUGAAGGAUGUGAAUUAUAGUUGACACCAAAUCCCGUUUUGAUGGCUGAGUCGGGACCCCAGGAGGGCGGGACAACGGAAGGCAACGACAACCUUGAUUGGAUGUCCAAACUGCCAUCCAGACUGCAACGUGUCUCACUGUGGAAUCUGGCUAUCCCAGGCAGCCAUGACACCAUGGGUUAUGACCUGGACAUGGAAUCCGACAUCCUGGAUCCGGAAUCACUUAUACCCGUGAGCAAGCUGCACUGCGUGCGCGCUUUGAUACACAAAUGGGCUACCACCCAGGAGUUGAACAUUUGCCAACAGCUGGACGCGGGGGUUCGGUUCUUCGACAUGAGGGUGGCACGGAAACCCGACGACCCUGACCCCACCCGCACCUUCUUCUACCACGGCCUGUACACCCACAGCGACGUGGAGACCGUCCUCAGCACCGUCAGCCACUGGGCCGCGGGUCACCCCACCGAGGUCCUGUUACUGGCCCUGUCCCACUUCAGGGGGAUGGAGGACCACCACCACCAGCACCUCAUCGACUUCAUCACACAACUUUUUGGAGCCAAACUCGUCCUUGUCGCGGACCAGCCUACGCUGCGGUUCUGCUGGGAUUCGGGUCGACACAUCCUCGUCUCCUAUGACCAUCCGGCGAACCACAACCUGCAGAUGUGGAGGAAAAUCCCCUACUUCUACGGAAACACGAUAGUCCCCUCCGAGGUGGUGACCGUUCUGGACAAGAAGCUCAGGACUCAAACUCCUAUAAACUACUUCUUUGUGUGCGGUCUGAACCUGACCUUGCCGGACGGACUGGGGGCGUUGAAGUACCUGUCCAAGACCCUUCGGAGCGUGACUCUAGAGGGGCUCCCCUUUCUGCUGGACUGGGUGAACAGGCAGUAUCCAGGGCCCUUCAACGACCACAUCAACAUCAUCGCCUCAGACUUUGUGAAUCUCCUCGACUUUGUCUCCACCGUCGUUCAACUCAAUGGCAAAAUGCCAGCCCUUCUGAACAAAUGAGACGUCGCCUACUUGUUUUUUUUUUUUAUUAGAUAACACUUAUUAAAUAUUAUGAAUUAUUUUAAUAGGCCUACAGAAGCAGACUAAGUGUGAAAGAUCUAUACUGGGGAAAUGUAACAUGAAAUGUAUGCGUACAUUUUUUAAAAGCGAUACAUGCAUGUGUGAA